AUUAAAGAAAAACAAAGAUUUAAAGUCUGCAGACUUUCUAGCUGUGGACUCUCAGAGACUCACUGUGAAGUCGUGGCCUCAGCUCUGAAGUCCAACCCCUCCCAUCUGAGAGAGCUCGACCUGAGUAACAACGACCUGCAGGAUUCAGGAGUGAAGCUACUGUCUGCUGGACUGGAGAGUCCACACUGUAGACUGGAGACUCUGAGGUUGUGGAACUGCGGUUUGUCAGAGAUCAGCUGUUCUUCUCUGGCCUCAGCUCUGAAGUCCAACCCCUCCCAUCUGAGAGAACUGGAUCUGAGAGGAAACAACCUGAAGGAUUCAGGAGUGAAGCUGCUGUCUGCCGGACUGGAGAAUCCACACUGUAGGCUGGAGACUCUGAGAUUGUGGAGCUGCAGUUUGACAGAGAUCAGCUGUUCUUCUCUGGCCUCAGCUCUGAAGUCCAACCCCUCCCAUCUGAGAGAGCUGGAUCUGAGUCACAAUAAGCUGCAGGAUUCAGGAGUGAAGCUGCUGUCUGCUGGACUGGAGAGUCCACACUGUAGACUGGAGACUCUGAGGUUGAGUCGCUGCAGUUUGUCAGAGAUCAGCUGUUCUUCUCUGGCCAAGUCCAACCCCUCCCAUCUGACAGAGCUGGAUCUGAGUGACAACAAGCUGAAGGAUUCAGGAGUGAAGCUGCUGUCUGCUGGACUGGAGAGUUCAAACUGUAGACUGGAGAUUCUGAGGUUGUGGGACUGCAGCUUGUCAAAUAUCAGCUGUUCUUCUCUGGCCUCAGCUCUGAAGUCCAACCCCUCCCAUCUGAGAGAGCUGGAUCUGAGUGGAAACAACCUGAAGGAUUCAGAUGUGAGGCUGCUGUCUGCUGGACUGGAUAAUCCACACUGGAGACUGGAGACUCUGAGAUGGUACUGAUCUCCCUCACAUGAGUCCACCAUGGUCUCUGUGUUCCUCUGGAUCUGAUCAGAGGAUCAUCAGUGGAUCUGGACUCCUCCAGUCCUGCUGCUCCUCACUCCACCACCUCCUCCACCUGGACCUGGAUUUAGUUUGCUCCUUUGAGUCCUUCAUGUGUUCUGAAGCUAAAGUGUCUCUGCAGAUGAGUUCUGUUCAUGACAGCAUAACAGUAGAUGAACACAUUUAAAUGGAUGUUUCUGCUUUGCUUUCUG